GGCAGCCGGGGAGGGGCACUUUGUAAGGAAGGAAUAUUAUUACUAUCUUCACCACCGGCUCUGGAAUAAACACGCUUUUUUUCUUCUCCGUCUUUCCGUGCAGCAGCAGCACAGCCCGGCUCGGCUCGGACCGGGACAUCCAGUUUUGAACUGGGAAAAACAAAAGGGGGUGGAUGUUUUUUUGUAGCUCCUCGCACUGUUUUUCUUUCCCUCCUCAGCCGCACUGAUUUAUUUUGCACUGACCAGUUGUCUUUGAAAAACCGGGUCCGGUGCCUCUCCCCUCCUCCUCCUCUCCCUCUCCUUUCUUUCUCCCCAGAUCACUCCUUGUUUACCCUCCUUCCUUUUUUUUGUUGUUGUGCCUGUUAUCUGAUCCCGUAACGCUGCAAAGUCGCAAAGAUGCCCAGCUCGCUCUUCGCCGACAGCAGCGUCCAGGGAGAUGCACUGGACGACCAGAGAGCCCUGCAGAUCGCCCUGGAUCAGCUCUCUCUGCUCGGCUUGGACAACGACGAGAACCCGCUGUACGACAACCAGGAGCCCCGGAAAAAGAGCGUCAACAUGACCGAGUGCGUCCCGGUUCCCAGCUCCGAGCAUGUGGCUGAGAUCGUGGGCAGACAAGGUUGCAAGAUCAAAGCGCUGCGAGCAAAGACCAACACCUACAUCAAGACUCCGGUUCGAGGUGAGGAGCCUGUGUUUGUGGUGACGGGCAGGCGGGAGGACGUGGCCAUGGCCAGGAGGGAGAUCAUCUCUGCCGCAGAGCACUUCUCCAUGAUCCGAGCCUCCAGGAACAAAAACACCAGCGUGAAUGGGAGCGGCACCCCGGUCCCCGGACCCCCUAACCUGCCAGGACAGACCACCAUCCAGGUGCGGGUGCCUUAUCGUGUGGUGGGUUUGGUCGUAGGUCCCAAGGGCGCCACUAUCAAGCGCAUCCAGCAGCAGACCCACACCUACAUCGUCACGCCCAGCCGAGACAAGGAGCCGGUGUUCGAAGUGACGGGGAUGCCGGAGAACGUGGACCGGGCCCGCGAAGAGAUCGAAGCCCACAUCGCCAUGAGGACGGGAGGACUUAUCGAGGUCCAGGAUGAAAAUGACUUCCACGCAAACGGGACGGAUGUGGGUUUUGAUCUGCAUGGGCACCCCACCCUGUGGUCUAAGCCCAGCGCCGGGAUGACCCCCACCUCGGUCCGCAAACCCUUCUCCAACUACCGCAACGACUCGUCCUCCUCCCUGGGCAGCGCCUCCACAGACUCCUACUUUGGCAACAACGGUUCACGCAUGGCCGACUACAGCCCCCCCAGCCCGGCGCUCAGCUACACCACCAACAACAACGGCAACAACAAUAACAACAACAUCAACGUCAACACCAACGGCAACGGGUUUGUUUACGGAAGUGAGGUGAUCUCUCCUGACUGCACUGAUCUGAAUUUUGACUCCUCGCCAGGGUUUGACCCCACGCCGGCCCCGCCGGGCCUCCUGUGGUCCCAGUACGAAAGUCACAUGACCCCCUCCUCCACCGGAGGCAGCUCCCCCACCUCCACAUCAGCCAUGUUCCCCAACAACUCCACUAAUGCCAACGGGAUAGUGGUGAGUCAGAGAAGAGUUAAUGGUUGCACACCUCAGCCCAGACUGUCACCUCCCCUCCAAAGCCACAGCGGAAGCCCAGCAGAGCACCCGUUAGCCCGGAGGGUGCGCAGCGACCCGGGCGGAGGCCCGCUCAGUUACCCCGGUUACUCCAACACCAUCGCCUCCCUGCCAGGCCCUCACCUUUCCGGGGUACCGUGCGAUUCCUCGGCCUCGUCCUCCUCCUCCUCUUCCUCCUCCUCCACCUCCUCCGGCACCAGCCGAAAAGGAAGUCGCGACUGUUCGGUGUGCUUCGAGAGCGAGGUCAUCGCGGCCCUGGUCCCCUGUGGGCACAACCUCUUCUGUAUGGAAUGUGCCAAUCGUAUCUGUGAGAGAAGUGAGCCCAAAUGCCCUGUCUGCCACACCGGCGUCACUCAGGCUAUACGUAUAUUUUCAUAAGAAGCGUAACUCUGACUGUCUCAUCAGAGACCAGCUACAAUAGCAACAAUAGACUCUUCAUACUGCUUUAAUGGGAUCGCCCAAUCAUCAUCAGUUUAGAAAGUGUACAUAGAUAUACAUAUGUAUGUAAGAGGCUGCAGUAUCCAGAAGAAGGGACAGACACCCUUGUCGGGCUCCGUCAUAGUUGUUAAUAAUAUACUGUAGCUUGGGGAAAUAUUUUCAACAUCUAAGUGCAUGUUUUAAAUAUUACAGCGUAGUAAUCAAUAGUUCUAGUAAAUUGUACCCUAUAUUUAUGAAGUGAAGAGACACAGAGGGGUCAUGAUGGAGGUACGUGGGUCAGACUGUUAGCUGGCUAAGCCUUCCAG